UCCGUCUAAAGUGCUCAUUUUAUUCGGAAGGUGAGAGAAAUCCUACUUGUGUUACUCUCACCAUUUCACCAUUGAAUUUCCUCGAUUCCCAAACCCUAAUUUUGAUCUACAACCAUCGUCGUCUACGUCAAUGUCCCCAAGAACCAUAGGAAGUUCGCGUCAUGCCAUAGAUACCUGCACGUUCCAGCUUAAUAGCUGGAGACCUUUUCAUCUUCCCACCACACUCAACAAAACCCUAGAAAAAUCCGAUAACAUUAACAAUAGUAACCCGACAUCUUCUGCUAAACCUCACAAACGGCCUUGCCUCUCCGAUCGGGCAACCUCGUUCGCUAUUGAAAACCUCGAUAUGUCUAAGUUGUCAUUAUUUGACGACGAUGGUUCACGGUCGUCUGUGAAAUCGAAGCGCGAGAGGAUCCAUUGGAUGGCUAAGAAGAGGCGAAGACGUGGAUCAAGGUCUGUUUCUGGUAGGAGUAGUGAUAGGAGUGGGACACGGCGGAGGUGUUGUUCAGUUGGUGCUUCGAAUGCGUAUGGUACCUGUUCAGAUUUCAUGAUGGCGAAUAAUGCCGGGACGGAUUCCAGUGGGGAGUUGUUUGUGAAUGGUGGAGGCGGAGGGGAUGUGAAUUGGACUUCGGAUGCAAGUGAGGCAGCUGCUAGGAAUUUGCGCAGAGAAAGUAGUGGUGGUGGAGAUAGAGAGAUGUCAAACAGUUAUAUGGGAUUACAUCAUCAUCAUGGGAAUUUGGAUAAUCAGGGUAAUGAAUCAGGGUACGGAAGUGAACCUGGUUAUAGAGGGGAUGCUGAGUUCGGAUAUGGUGACGAGUUGGACGAAGAAGAGGAUGAUUCAAGGCUGUUGUUCUGGGGCAAUAGAUUUGGAGAUGCACAAAGUAUGGAGAUAAUUGGUGAGAAUACAUUGCAAAAAGCUCAUCACAGGUGUCGACGCAAGAAACAUGAGCUUAGAAUGGUUGAUGCUGCUUAAAGACACGAGCUUUUAUAUUAAAACUUAAAAGGAUUAGUAUAAAUCGCCACAAAACAAAAACAGGUGACUAUUAUUAUUGAUGCCUAAUUUAACUCUUAUAAUGAUGGGAAGCGUGAGCUGUGAAGGAUUUUCUGAUAUCUUCCAAGUACUCAUUCACUUUAGUCCAUUUUUUGUGUAUGUAUGUAUGUUAAUGUAAUGUAACCUUAUUGAUGACAAUAGAAGAUUGAGACUGAUUGGUUGAAAACUUAAGCUUGGUGAUUUUGUAAAGGAGGGACUUUAUAUGACUCUGUUUCUAUUUACUUGUAUAUUCAGC